AAAAAAUAGAUUAAGCUACCUAUUAUUUUUACCUAUGAUGUAUGAGACGUGUAGAAUGCGAUGGAUCUCUUCAGUCGAGUCAAGUACAAGACACUGAAGACGACCUUACAGUUGAGGUCGAAAUACGUAUCUGUCAAAGGAUGCAAAUUCUUAGUGGAAUUCAAAGGAACCCGAUUUUCUUUUAUUUACAGAUAUUCCCCUAACAAGCCCAGGUUAUUCAUCAUCAUCAUGGCUACCAAGCGGACGGAGCAGAGUUAUUUCAUCGAUUUGAAGAGAUCCAUCAUCAGCAUUCAGAAGGACGUGGCAUUUCUGAAGAAAUGUCAAAAGGAGAAACUAACACCCGUUAGUCAUAGGAUUAAGGUCAAGAAGCACAUCCCACCCAGCGUCACCAGGAAGGCCGAAGCAGAGUACAUCGCAGACACCAUCAAACGCCACUACGCCAAGUUGGACAAGCUGACACUUAAGUGCUAUUCCCUGCAUUUAAAGUUGGCCAACGAAUAUCCGGAAGGUUUCCCAUUGUUCCUCACCAAGAUAUUCCCCUAACAAGCCCAGGUUAAUCAUCAU